CAGCAUCUUCAGCCUUCUACAUUCUUUCCUUUCCAACUGACAAACGAUUGAUUCGUUUUCUUCUCUCAUUCACUAUCAAUAACAAAGUCUUUUUUUACAACUUCAUUCAAGUUUUGACAACUGUCUUUACCAUUACAAACACCACAAUCUUCUAUUCUUCCAUCAUCGGAUCACUCCCUUGUCUUCUCCAAACCCAACAACUCCAAACCCAGACCAAACUAAACCAAACCCAAAUCUUUCAAGAUGUACGCCCAGCUCUCUGCCAUCAUCAUCGCCCUGGCGGCCACCCCUCUUGUCUCUGCCCACGGCGAGAUCCUCUCCGCAGUCGGCGAUCUCGGCGGCAACGGCACCGCCCUCGGCAUCAAGGGCGCCGUGGUCCCCGGCGAGGGCCCCAACUACGAGACCGAGGUGCAGACCACCGUCUUCUGGUCCAAGGACAUCAACACCGACUACGACCUGGGCUUCACCGAGGGCGGCGUGGCCGGCAACGGCAACAACCAGCUCGACUACGUCCAGUACUCGAUGGCCCAGAGCGGCUCCACCCUGCCCCAGGUCAGCAGCGGCGGCUCCGUCUCGGGUGUCUUCCACGUCGUCACCGACGAUGGCUGCGGUCCCCUCCAGGCUGUCGUCGACCCCACGGCCACCUCGCUCUUCAGCAAGGCCGUCGACGCCCAGGUCACCAGCAAUGUUCCCACCACCGGAACGGCUGGUGAGUGCCCUACCUCGCUCGACAGCGGUGUCGACAACAAGAUCAAGAGGACCCUCCGCCGCGCACUGGUCAAGAUGGGUCUCCUGUCCAAGAGGGCCAACAAUGUUGACAAGAGCUACUCCUACUCUGUUGAGAUUCCUGCUGGAACCGUCUGCAGUGGUACCAUCAACGGCAUGACCGGCCUCUGCCUGGUCAAGGUCUCCAACAACAACGCCAACGGCCCCUUUGGCGGUGUCGUUGUCGUCCAGAUGCCCAACUCCACCACUGCCGCCCGCACCAAGCGCUCCACCUCCUUCACUGCUUAAUUGGAGAGCUUGGAGAGCAGGACUUGGGGGAUAGGAGAGAGAAACAGGGGUGAAAGUGUAUGGUCAGAGUGGUGGUGGUCUCUUAUUGGCUGUCAGGGGGAUGAAGAUGCUGUGGUGUCUGAAGAGAUAUGAUUAGCAUAUUAGAUUCGAGGCUGGUUCCGCAUUUACCUUUCUAUUUAGUGUAGUAUGAUUGAAUGAUGAAUAUAACGGCCUCUCCAAAAU